UCGUCGCCACCGAAGCUCAUUUGGGAGACUUUCGAACCCAUAGGCCACCGGGUCAGAGAUCAGAAAGCACAUGAAUGCAUAUAUAUAUGUGUGUGACUGUAGCCAUUGUGCAGUCUGACUUGCAGUCCGUCUUCUUCCGAUCUCUCGCUGCCAAAACCCUAGGCCGCCGCUUCGUUCUCCUCUGCAGCAACCAUGAGCGGCCUCUCUGUUGCUCAAGGCUUCACGAAGUCGCUCGCCAUGACCGUGCUGUCCGAGAUCGGUGACAAGACGUUCUUCGCUGCCGCCAUCUUGGCUAUGCGCCACCCUAGGAGAUUUGUCCUCUCAGGUUGCUUGGCAGCUUUGAUAGUGAUGACUAUUCUUUCUGCUGUUGUUGGCUGGGCUGCUCCUAAUCUGAUAUCUCGUAAAUGGACCCAUCAUGUAACAACUUUUUUGUUUUUGGGGUUUGGGCUAUGGUCAUUGUGGGAUGCAGUUAAAGGAGAAGGGGAGGCUGAAGAGUUGGCUGAAGUUGAAGCGAAAUUGGAUGCUGAUUGGAAGGCUAAUAAUAAAAGUAUAAAAGAAGGUAGCAAGGCUGAUGAUGAUUUGAAAAAGCAACAGCGGCAAGUUCUCACUCAGCUUUUCUCACCUAUAUUUUUGAAGGCAUUUUCCAUUACUUUCUUUGGGGAAUGGGGUGACAAAAGCCAGUUAGCUACCAUUGGUUUGGCCGCAGAUGAGAACCCAUUUGGUGUUGUCCUUGGUGGAAUCUUAGGACAAGCACUGUGUACUGUUGCUGCUGUCCUGGGAGGAAAGAGUUUGGCAACUCAGAUAUCUGAAAAGAUUGUUGCUCUCUCUGGUGGCGUUCUUUUCAUAGUUUUUGGAAUUCAAUCAUUCCUUACAACUAUUGAGUCAUAAUAUCAGUAAAACAUCUAGCGUUAACAGAGGAUAGUCAUAUGUAUGAAUUAAAGGGGAAAAGAUAAGACACUUGCAACAUUGCGAGGAAUCUCUUUCUUUUGAAGCUGAAGGCCUUGAUAUUAUAUUUGUCAUGAAGGUGGUGUGUAACCAGAAAGAACUGAUCUAUUAUAUGCUAUUACAAGAUUGGGAUUAAUGUUAUUUUUAAUUUUUAUUUCGCUGA